AUGGAAAAAGUCAACCAAACCCCUCCGGAAAGGUUCAUCCUCCUCGGAUUUGGAUCUAAUGUCCCGAACCUCCAAGUCUUCUAUUUUCUUGUGUUUCUUGUGAUGUACAUAAUCACAUUGUCAGGAAAUCUUCUACUAAUCAUAGUAGUGAGGAUCAACCCAAAGUUACACACCCCCAUGUACUUCUUUCUGAGUAAUCUCUCCGUUAUCGAUAUCUUUUUCUCAUCCACCAUUGUGCCCAACAUUCUCUUAAACACUUUGGCCAUGGAUAAAAGUAUCUCCUUGUUGGGAUGUGCAUUACAGAUGUACUUCAGUCUGGCUUUAGGAUCCACAGAGUGCUUUAUACUUGCCGUUAUGGCGUAUGACAGGUUUUCUGCCAUUUGUAGGCCAUUGCACUACAGCACCAUCAUGAAUAAAAUGUUGUGUAUGAGUUUAGCUGUAGGGUCAUGGAGUAUGUGCUUCCUGAACUCUGCUCUUCAAGUUAUCCUCACCUUUCAACUGCCCUACUGCAAGUCCCACCAUGUCAACCACUUCUUCUGUGAGAUGCCGCCUUUUUUUCGACUGUCUUGCAAAGAUACUUUUCUAAAUGAAAUAGUGAUGUAUAUUGGAGCAGGUAUCAUUGCUAUGUGUUCUUUCUGCUUGACUCUAACUUCGUACAUCCACAUCAUCUCCACCAUCUUGAAGAUCCGUUCCUCCCAUGGAAGACAUAAAGCUUUCUCCACAUGUGCUUCUCACCUGACUGUGGUGAGUCUCUACUAUGGGACCAUCAUGUUUGUGUAUCUUAAACCUUCUUCUAUUUAUUCUGCAGAAACAGACAAAACGGUGUCCAUUCUCUAUACAGCCGUGACACCGAUGUUGAACCCCAUCAUCUACAGUAUGAGGAACAAGGAAGUCAAGAGCACCAUUAAUAGAAAACAAACGAAAAAAGAAGAUCUCUAAUGGAAAAGGGCAAAUAUAAAA